AUGGUGACCUUCACCGAGGUGCUGGCCAUCUACACCAUCGGCGGCCUGACCUUCGUCCCUCUCCUUCUUGGACUCGUCCUCCUUCACGCCCACUUAACCUUCCCAACACGCGAUACAUCCACCCCUCCCACGAACAGAUCCAGCUAUGCCAGCACCAUCUCCAACGGCGACGCCCACUCCGCCAGCCGAGAAGUCAAAGAAGAGCUCGAGGGGCUGCCGGAGGAGCUUCGCCCACGGACUCACGAGCCGGAUGUUGCGGCCGGAUACUUUGCGGUGUACCGCGACUUCAUGGCGGGGUGGCUGGCGAACAAGCCGUUAGAGAAAGCCGCGGCGGUGAAUGGGUAUGGCGGGCUACCGAACGAGAGCCCAAGUGUGUAUCAGAGCAUGUAUCGGAGUAUCUUUGACCGAAGCAAGAAUGCGCCGCCGAGUAUGGAGAAGAACGGGAAGAGGGGGAGCAACGUGUUCUUCGUGGUAUUGAGGCAUGGGCAUUUGAUGCUAUACGAUAACGCGGAACAACUGGAAGUGAGGCACGUCAUUUCAUUGGCGUAUCACGAUGUGGAUAUCUAUGGAGGCGGCGAGAUCAUUCCAGAUGGGGAACUUUUUGUCAAGAGAAACUGCCUGCGGUUGAAGAGGAAACGGUUGAUCGGCGAUACGACACCUGAAUCGAAGCCCUUCUAUCUAUAUACCGACAACUGCUCGAUGAAGGAGGACUUUUACCAUGCUCUGGUUCAAAGCCAAGAGCAUGACGACUCGCCCCCGCUUCCGCUCAAAUUUGAGCCAACCGACAUCGUCAGGCUAGUCCAACAGCUUCACGCAUCUGAGGAGAAUCUGCAGACACGAUGGUUCAACGCCAUCAUGGGGCGGGUCUUCCUCUCUAUGUACAAGACCCGGUUCAUCGAGAACUUCAUCCGCCUGAAGGUCACCAAGAAGAUUGCGCGGGUUCAGAAACCGGCGUUUAUCACAAGCUUGACGGUGCGGCACAUCCAUAUGGGCGAUAGCGCACCGAUGAUCACAAACCCCAAACUGAAGGAGCUCACGCUCGAUGGGCAGCUCACUUGUGAAGCUGAUCUCAGCUACAAAGGCAACUUCCGGAUUGAAAUCGGAGCCAUCCUCCGCAUCGAUCUCGGCCAGCGGUUCAAGGCCCGUGAGGUAGAGGUCGUGCUCGCCAGCAUCUUCAAAUCGAUCGAAGGCCACAUCCUCCUACGUAUCAAACCUCCUCCCACCAAUCGUAUCUGGUUCUCAUUCGAGACCAUGCCGAAGCUCGAAAUGACCGUGGAGCCCAUCGUUUCUUCACGGCAGAUUACCUAUGGUUUCAUCCUCCGUACCAUCGAGAAUCGCAUCCGGGAAGUUUUCGGCGAGACGCUUGUCCUCCCGAACUGGGACGAUACGCCGUUCUUCGACACCACCGAGCAGCAGUUCCGUGCCGGAAUUUGGGAGAACGAC